AUGGCACUUACUAGUCCAUCCUCACUUUUAAACUAUGAAGAGUAUAUAAAUAAUUGGGAAAAUUUGUGCGAUAAUUUUUACACAGAAAACAACGAAUUGAUAGGAUCAGUUAUUAGUUUAGUCGAAUUUGCUAUUCGUUCGGACGGGGAAGUGAAGAUAAAUUGGGCUAUUAUUGAUAAAAUAAACGAUGGUUCUGCAGCUAAAAUAACUCAAUUGCUCGCCCAAAUUGGGUUCAUUAAUGAUGUAAUGGUUUAUCCAGAAUAUUAUGAAUCCUAUCUUGCCACUAAACGAAAAGUAAGAUCAGAUUGGCAUAAGAAAAAAGCAGCGGAGCUUCUUCAAGAAUUUGAUCGGUUACUCCAUUCGACAAUUGCACAAUAUACACCACUUCAUCGUCGAUCUGAACUUCAAACUUUUCUUAAUCAAUAUAAAUCUUCGGUAGGAGCAUCUCCUUUCAUUAAAGGUCUUUGGCGUACAUUACAAUUACAAGUAAAUCAUGAAAAUCUUGUUUCCUGGACAUUUUUGGAUGACAUUUUCACACAAAAUGAGCCAGAUUUUAUGCGUGCAUCGGUGAAUUUGUUGAUCAAUGUAUUAGGUUUUACGCAUACAAUACAAGUAGCUGAUGAAAGUGGCCAACAAGCGAGUUUGCGUACUUGGUAUUUAAAUAACACUUUGAGUGAUCAUGAAAUUAAAUCAUUGGUUAAAUUAUUUCCAAAAGAUAACAUUACUGAUAAUGUUCGAGCUACUGGAACCAUAGAUUUAUCCUCUCAAUUACGAUCAUCAGAAGCGGUCAACAACUCAAAAUCAACAAUCGCCCAUUUGAUUUCACUACCAAUUAAAAUUGUUACAUUCUGUUUAAAUACCUUACGAUCCUGUGUGAAUUUUUGCUUUGGUAUUUUUUCAUGGCGUAAAAAGAAUGAGUUUCAAACUUGA